CGGCUAACGACUCUACCUCACCGACCAGCGCGUCAUAAAUGAACUUCGCAAUUCAGCACAGCAGAAGCGUAAGUUUGUCCAAGAUCAAGUAUAAGACGACAAACGGAUGGUUUAUUGAUUGACGUUACCAGCAGACUUUAUCAAACAUAACGACUGGGUUUUGAACAUCUGGUUUUUACGCGCUUCUCUUCGUUUAACCUGAGUAGGUGUGGAGUAUGUGGGCCAGUUGCUGCGGCUGGCUCUGCCUGGAUGAUUCCACAGUGGAGGAAACCAGAAGUAGCACACGUCACCAGGCCUUCACCAACUCGGGCUUCAGCAGUUCCCCGUCUCCUCCCGCACCUGAACCCACAUGCAAGGCAUGUGGAGGUCAAUUUGACAUCCUCGCCAGGAAGCACACAUGCAUGGACUGCAAGAAAAGUUACUGCAGUCGCUGCUCCGCUCAGCAGGACCUCCAGCCGUGGCUCUGCCACACCUGCCAUCGUUUUCACGGCAUCCUGUUUGAGCGAGCCGAGCUGAUGAAGCUCAAAGUGAAAGACCUGAGAGACUACCUGCACCUGCACGAAGUUGCCACGCAGAUGUGCCGGGAGAAAGAAGAGCUGGUCGAGCUGGUUCUCGGCCAGCACACGCCCACAUCCGAGACACACAUUCCACUCCCUACAAGCAUACACUUGGAUCAACAGCAGACCCCUGGUAUUCCAGUCAUAACAGCGAGCCCAUCAGGGAACAAUGCUGUCACAGAAUUGGGACCCCAGGAUCAAGCAACUGAAGAUGAACAGAGCUUGUCAGUGGCAGAGGUGACAACUGAAAGUGACAUGGACGCAGAUCUGCAUGUGGAGCAGGAGUUGCAGUCAUCAGACUCCGAGGAGGUGUUUGCCCCUGGGCGACGGGCGUCACUGUCAGACCUCAGGUCAGCGGAGGAUAUCGAGGCUCUGAGUGUCCGGCAGUUGAAGGAGAUUCUGGCAAGAAACUUUGUGGACUACAAAGGAUGCUGCGAGAAGUGGGAACUGAUGGAGAGAGUCAAGCGUCUCUUCCAAGACCAGAAAGACCUGCAAACCAUAAUAUCAAAUGCCAUGGAAGGCACAGACACAGGGACCGGGACGCCCGGUGAGGAGAACAUUUGUAAGAUCUGUAUGGACUCACCCAUUGACUGUGUUCUUUUGGAGUGCGGACACAUGGUCACAUGCACCAAGUGCGGCAAGCGCAUGAACGAAUGCCCCAUAUGCCGGCAGUACGUGGUGCGGGCAGUGCACGUGUUCAGGUCCUGAACGCCAUUGUCCGUCUACAAAACACUGAGACCACCAGCGUUCCCCAUAUAUCUCAGCUGUUCUUUUGAACAAUGAAAUUAAAAUUUACAGUAGAAACUGAAACUGGUCUCUAAUCCUUGCACAAUUAUCUUGUGGCACUUUAAACAAAUUGUGAAAGAUGCUCCAUCUCAAAGCAAUAACCAGUAUUGACUGGUUUGGUUUUAUUCUUUAGUCCCACGUGUGCCUUCUAAAUCUGUUGGAUGUAAACUUUGAACUGACCAGAGGAGGAUUGUAUUAACUCGCACAUGCUGUGUGUGUAGUGUUGUAAACAAUUGAUCUUCUGAAGGUACACAAGUGUGCUUAUGUCACUGCCCUCAUGGUUUUCUUGCAAACUUGAUCUUUAUCACAUUACCUUUUUUUUAUGGGAUCUCAAAUCUAGUCUUCCAUUACCACACUCACUGAAACAAAGAAAUUGUACCGGGAAUCAGACAAGUCCGUUAAAUCAGUUGAUUCAUCUCACAAGAGCAACUGCAAAGUCUCAACUGCUUACAACUCACAAAUCAAUCCUCUCAUGGCUUUUCUCUCAUCAUUUAUUGUCUGCUGUCGGUUAUCUCUUUGUUAUGCAGUCACACAUGUAUUGGUGGAGAGAAGCCUCUCUGGUAUGACUGUUGGCUUGAGCGGCCUUGAUACACAAACAUGGCGUGUUACACUACAGUACUUGAUUUAGAAUUCAAGGUUCACACACUGUUAACAGUAAGCAGUUUGAAGGUGUUGUUUCAGUGCAGCCCGUGGUAGAUCUGCAGGAAUCACAUUAACGCCACUUAAGCCAGGAAAUAUCAGGUGAACAUGCCUUAAUGCUCCUGCUGCGGGUUUCUGUGGUGCCUUGGCGAUCGUAGGACAAGUGAAAACCUGCGUAUACACCGGAGUGCCUCCCUUCCCUCCAGGCUUUGAAAUUUAGUUACAAUUGACUAGCUCCAAACUAUUCUUGGAGAGCGGUGGAGAUGUGUAUACGAAAAGCAUGACCGUGGGAUUGUGUUUGAAACAGGAGUGGAGCUUAAUAUUCUGAAAAUGAAUCUUCAGGCUUUAAUCUUAAAUAAAUAGUCCACACAUGAAUAAAACACAAAAGGGAAUGUUAUGUGGAUAGCACCACAAGUGAGAUUUAAGAGGAGCUGUAGUGUAUAAAACAAAACGCAAAAAGAGGAACUCGGACAUUCUGUUUUUUGGAUGAAUAAAAUAAUGUUAGGUUAGGAUGGACUAACAUGAAACUCAUUGAUAAAAAUGUAAGCGAAAAGUUUGAUGUGGUGAGUUAUGAGUGCAGUUUUCUUUUAGUUAUUUAGUCAUUUUUGUCAAGGACAAGUGUCUUUCUAAAUCUAAGCCUUGCCAACCAAUGACACAGUUUUUCCAAAGGCGAACUGUUCAAAAUACCAGCAUUCAUAUUUCCAAUGCAUGGUGGGCGCAAGAACGUUUGAAAACUUGAUUUUAUACAACUGUGAAAUUGUAGAUGAUGCAUUCUGUCAAAAAGGGUUCAGGUUUGAGAUUAUAUUUUCAUCUCUUGUUGGACAUCGAUGUAUAACGGAAUUCUUUCAAUUCUAAUAGGCUACCUGUGUUGUGUGAAUGUUAAUGGUGUAAAGCUAACGCUUUCAUUUCUUAACCGAAUCUGAACUAUGUUUUAAAUCUACUGAGCCACCAAACUACAUUUGUGUGUUUCGUUGUUUAAAAGGUUUUGUAUUAAAGUAUGUUU